AUGGCGGAAGGUCGAGUAUACAAUUUCUCAGCAGGCCCCAGUGCCAUGCCACUGGAGGUGCUUGAAGAGGUGCAGCGUGAAAUGGUGAACUACAAGGGCUGCGGCAUGAGCGUCAUGGAGAUGUCGCAUCGCUCCAAGGAGUUCAUGGCCAUCGCUGCAGAGGCUGAGAAGAACCUGCGGGACAUCUUUGGGGUGCCCAGCGACUACAAGGUCCUGAUGAUGCAGGGCGGGGCGACCCUGCAGUUCUCCUCCAUCCCGCUGAAUAUGCUCGGCUCGAAAGGCAAGGCGGACUACCUGGUCACAGGGCAGUGGGGUGAGAAGGCACACAAGGAAUGCAACAAAUAUGGCACCGGACAGUUGGCCUGCAACACCAAACCCACAAAGUUCACCACCAUCCCUCAGAAAGCGGAGUGGAAGUUGGAUCCAGAAGCAGCCUAUGUGCACUACUGCGCUAAUGAGACGGUGAACGGAGUGGAGUUUAGCUACACACCGGAUGUGGGCAGUGUCCCCUUGGUGGCUGAUAUGUCAUCGAAUUUUUGUUCCAAACCCAUUGAGGUCAGCAAACAUGCCUUCAUCUAUGCCGGCAUUCAAAAGAACUUGGGCCCUGCUGGCAUGUCCGUGGGAUUUGUGAGGCCGGACUUUGCGGACGGCAGCAAGGAGAUGAAGAUUUGCCCCACCUAUUGUAGCUGGAAGACCACCGGAGACAAUGGAUCCAUGUACAACACCCCCGCCUGCUUCACCAUGUACGUCAUGGGCGAGUACCUGAAGUACACCAAGAAGUUGGGUGGUGUCGCCUAUUGGGCCGAGCAGUCGGACAAAAAGAGCGGUUUGUUGUAUGGCGCCAUUGAUGGGUCCAAUGGCUUCUACAACUGCCCCGUAGAGAAAUCCGCCAGAUCGCGCAUGAACGUGCCCUUCACCAUCAACGGCGGUGACGAGGCAUUGGAGAAGAAGUUCCUGGACGAGGCCAAGAAACACAAGCUCUACACCUUGGCAGGGCACCGUUCCGUUGGGGGCUGCCGGGCCUCGUUGUACAACGGGUUGCCCUUGGAGGGCGUCGCCAAGCUCACGGAUUUUAUGAAGUCCUUCAUGGAUGAGAACCGAAAGUGAGGAUGAUGCAACAUGUGACCCUAGAUGUGUAGCAAGAUUCCAUUUGACACUCUCGGAUUUUAGGCAUUUUAGGCCGCUGGGUGGAU